UGCCAAACCAUCUGACACCACGUGACUUGUCUGGGUUCCUCCCCUCGCUUUGCCGUAGUGCGCGAUAACGUCAUGCCAGGGUUGCGCUCACGUUCUGUGAUGAGGGCGACAUAGGGAGCUAGAUGUCCGCCUAUUACAAUAAAUAAGAGCGGGGCUCCUGUAUGACACGUCCCGGGGAGGGGAAGCGGCCUAAGCCUGGAGCUUGAAGGGACUGUGGCGGAAGUGCUUCGCGCACAUAACGUUGCAUUGGUCGCUUCUCACGGCCGCUCGGUGCUGGUGGAGGUUCCCGGGCCGUAGAGCGGGGUAGGCAGUGUUUGCUGCUCGGGGGGUCGGCAGAACAUGGCGGCCGUGGAGCUGGAGUGGAUCCCGGAGACCCUGUAUAACACGGCCAUCUCCGCGGUGGUGGAUAACUACAGCCGGGCCCGCAGAGACAUCCGCAGCUUGCCUGAAAACAUCCAGUUCGAUGUGUACUACAAGCUUUACCAGCAAGGUCGACUGUGUCAGCUCGGAAGUGAGUUCUGUGAGCUAGAGGUCUUUGCCAAAGUGCUACGUGCAUUAGAUAAAAGACAUCUACUGCACCACUGCUUUCAAGCUUUAAUGGACCAUGGCGUAAAGGUUGCCUCUGUCCUGGCAUAUUCUUUUAGCAGACGUUGUUCUUACAUUGCAGAAUCUGAUGCCCAUGUUAAAGAAAAGGCAAUUCAGAUAGGCUUUGUUCUUGGUGGUUUCCUCUCAGAUGCUGGCUGGUACAGUGAUGCUGAGAAGGUGUUCCUCUCCUGUCUGCAGCUUUGCACGCUUCCCAAUGAAAUGCUGCAUUGGUUUCGAGCAGUGGAAUGUUGUGUGCGGUUGCUGCAUGUGCGAAAUGGCAACUGCAAAUACCAUUUGGGGGAGGAAACUUUCAAGCUAGCGCAAAGUUACAUGGAUAAGCUGGCAAAGCAUGGACAACAUGCAAACAAAGCUGCUCUUUAUGGGGAGCUUUGUGCUCUGCUCUUUGCUAAAAGUCAUUAUGAUGAGGCUUAUAAAUGGUGCAUAGAAGCUAUGAAGGAAAUCACAAGUGGCCUGCCAGUAAAAGUGGUUGUUGAUGUUUUGAGGCAAGCGUCCAAGGCUUGUGUGGUAAAACGAGAGUUUAAGAAGGCAGAACAACUAAUAAAACAUGCAGUAUACUUGGCUAGGGAAAAUUUUGGCUGUAAGCAUCCUAAAUAUUCAGAUACACUACUAGAUUAUGGAUUUUAUCUACUUAAUGUUGACAACAUAUGCCAAUCUGUAGCAAUAUAUCAGACUGCUCUGGAUAUCCGACAGUCUGUUUUUGGAGGUAAAAACAUUCACGUGGCAACAGCUCAUGAAGAUUUGGCCUACUCUUCUUAUGUUCAUCAGUAUAGUUCGGGAAAAUUUGACAAUGCACUAUUUCAUGCUGAACGUGCCAUAGAUAUCAUCACACACAUACUACCAGAAGACCAUCUAUUAUUAGCUUCCUCCAAAAGAGUUAAAGCAUUAAUACUGGAGGAGAUUGCUAUAGAUUGUCACAACAAAGAGACAGAACAGAAACUUCUUCAAGAAGCCCAUGACCUUCAUCUUUCAUCCCUGCAACUUGCCAAAAAAGCCUUUGGUGAGUUCAACGUACAGACAGCAAAACACUACGGGAAUCUUGGCAGGUUGUAUCAGUCCAUGAGAAAGUUUAAGGAAGCUGAAGAGAUGCAUAUCAAGGCCAUACAAAUCAAGGAACAGCUUCUUGGUCAAGAAGACUAUGAAGUGGCUUUGUCAGUAGGACACUUGGCCUCUCUGUAUAAUUAUGACAUGAACCAGUAUGAAAAUGCAGAGAAACUUUAUCUUCGAUCGAUAGCUAUUGGAAAGAAGUUAUUUGGAGAAGGUUACAGUGGACUGGAGUAUGAUUACAGGGGCUUAAUUAAACUUUAUAAUUCUGUUGGCAAUUUUGAGAAGGUAUUUGAGUAUCACAAUAUAUUGGCAAACUGGAACAGAUUACGGGAUCGCCAGUUUUCAGUCACCGAUGCCCUGGAGGAUGUAAAUACUUGCCCCCUGUCAACAGAAGAAGUUGUGCAAUCAUUUCUGAUGUCACAGACCACGGAAGGACAAAGCUGUUAAUUUCAAUC